CCCCUCCUGCAAGCAACUCACCGCCACUUCCCCUCUAGCUUCCUCCUCCCUCCUCCCUCCUUUCAUGGCAGGAAAGGCUGAGGUGAUGAUGCCCAUAAGCCAUCCAAUUUGACCCAUGCCAUCCUGGACCUAUAUACAUACUGCCCCAGCGCACACUCGCAAUCUCAAUUUUUUGCUACUGCUAGCUCCUCAACCUAUCUGCUUUUGCCUGCUGCAAGCUUUUGCUUUGGUUUAGGUGCUUCUUUUCCACUCCUUUACUGCUCCCCUACUUUUGCUUGCUUUGUCACGCACACGAAAAGCUCCUGCCUUUAUCUUCUCGGACCUUAUCUCUGCCCCGUAGUGGGAUUUGGUGGGAGCUCCGCUGCUUGCCUCCCGCGUUUCUUUGCUCAAUUGGGUUUGCAGCUCGCGGGUGCGCGUGUUCUUGGUCGGAAUUCAGGUUCUUGGGUGGGGAUUGCCCGGUUUCUCGAGCGAUUGCGGGAGCCCGCUGCAGAAAGCUCAAAUCUUUGCUCAAUUCCGGCGGGGCCUCGGCGCGCCGGAGAUGAACGACCAGCUGCUGCCGGCGCCGGAGUCGUCGUGUUUCCUCAACCUCAAGUGGGACCAGUCUAUGGCCGCAGGCGACCACCUCGGCCAGGCGCUCAGCUCGAUGGUCUCCUCCCCGGCGUCCAACUCGACGGCCGCCGCGGCGACUGACGGCCUCGCUCUCCACGGGAUCUCGCCGCAGCCGCAGCACGGUGGCACUCCUCUCAGCUCACCCCCCAAGCUCAACCUAUCCAUGAUGGGCCAGUUCCACCACUACCAACCGCCGCAGGUCGGUGGCGCGGGAGCCGCCGGCUUGCCAAUCCUGGAGAACUUCAUGCCAAUGGGCCACCUGGACCAGUUCCUCUCCGACCCAGGCUUCGCCGAGCGCGCGGCGAGGCUUUCCGGCUUUGACGGCCGCGCCAGCGGUAGUGUCUAUGGCGGCGCCGUCCCUGGACAGUUCGGUCUCCCGGACGCCGGCCCGGUCAGCGCAUUGAAGGAGCUGGAGCUCGGGAACGGCCGGGACGAGUCAUCAGUAUCCGAUCCGGCGUCGGCCAGCGCGGAAAUGGCGCUGAAGGGGCCUUCCGACGGCAAUGCAAGGAAGCGGAAGGCCAGCGGGAAGGGGAAAUGCAAGGACGGCCCCGUGUCCACCUCCGUCAAUGAUCUCGCUAAGGAGGAAUCUAGCGGGAAGCGGUGCAAAUCGGCGGACGAGAGUAAUGACGCGGAGGAAAAUUCCGCCAAGGGGAAGGCCGCGCAGAGCAACAGCGAGAAUGGUGGCAAGAAGCAGGGAAAGGACAGCACGUCGAAACCCCCGGAACCGCCCAAGGACUACAUCCAUGUCCGGGCGAGGCGCGGUGAGGCGACAGACAGCCACAGCCUUGCCGAGAGGGUGAGAAGGGAAAAAAUCAGCCAGAGGAUGAAGCUGCUGCAGGAUCUUGUGCCGGGUUGCAACAAGGUGGUUGGCAAGGCAGUUAUGCUCGAUGAAAUCAUAAACUACGUGCAGUCCUUGCAACGGCAAGUCGAGUUUCUGUCCAUGAAAUUGGCCACUGUGAAUCCCCAGCUAGACUUCAACAAUUUGCCUAACCUCCUUCCUAAAGAUAUGCAGCAGUCAUGCGGCCCGUUGCAGAGCUCACAUUUUCCACUGGAGACCUCAGGCGCACCGCUGUCAUACAUUAACCAUCCUCACCCGGGGAACCCUCUUGGUUGCAGUCUAACCAAUGGCGUAGACAACCAGAGUUCUAUGCAUCCGCUAGACCCUGCAUUUUGUAGACAGAUGAAUUCGCAGCAUCCUUUUCUCAAUGGAUGCAGUGAUGCUGACUCACAGGUUGGGACUUUCUGGCAAGACGAUCUUCAAAGUGUUGUUCAAAUGGAUAUUGGGCAAAGUCAGGAGAUUGACACCUCUUCCAACAGCUACAAUGGUUCAUUGCAAAUAGUCCACAUGAAAAUGGAGCUUUGACAUAGUUAAAGUUCAGUCCAAAGCUCCACGCCCGUGUAUAUAAAGAGAGGUCAGCAUGCAGCGGAAGCACUCCGAGGUUCAACCUAACAACGUUGGGCCCUAGCAGUGUUUUAGCUUCUAUUUUUCACCCUGGUGUAAUGAUUCUUUGAACAAAACGAAAAGCACCACGCACGGCGGUUGGUUGCUUCCAUCGCCGCUUGUUUAGCUACAAGUUCGCGCGCAAUGUGGUGCAUGCAGUAUAUGCUCAGUCAGACCCUUGUCCUCUCAAGCGAUAGGAAAAGACGUGUAAUAUCAUUUGUAUUGCCAUUAUAUUUGUAGCUGAUAUAUCUAUUUAAUAUCAUUAUGCCUGUC